ACAGAAGACAGCCAGCGAACAAUACAAUACGGUGACAAUGAAGGCUAUACUAAAUCUCGUUGUUUCUGCUACACUGAUAUUAACAGCCCACUCUCAAACAUGUGAUAUGCAAUUUCUUGGAACUUGUCUUCGUUCGGCUGUGACAGAAUGGCCAAAGUAUAAUGACGUUAUUACACAAUCAGCACAAAGUCAACUGCCCAAUGUUACGUCUGAGGAACUCUCGACACUUUGCAAUGUCACCACUAACCUUGGCGAAUGUCUUGGUAAUAGUUUGGCGGAUUGCUCUAGAAAUCAAACUCUCCCGGUCGAGUUGAUACUGUCAUCCAUAGCAUUCGUAUGCAAUACCGAAGAUGAAUUUUUCGAAAACAACAUGUGCCUCUCUGAUCCAUCUUUCAUCAACGAAACCACAUCCUGUAUGAACAUAGGAGAGUUCUCAAUUUAUGAAACUCUUCAAAACAGCGAACAGACUUCAGAAAUUUGCAGUCUUCUAGAUGGUUCCGUGACAUGCGUGACUGAUAUCACAAAUGCGUACUGUGGACAACGAUCCAGUGACUACAUGACGGCUUAUAUCAUGACGCUCACAGGACCAGUACAAGACCUGCUUGGCUGUCAUGCUCAACAAACCUUGACAGAUACAUCGGACAAAACUGAAGCAACUACCUCAGAACAGCCUCAUGUAACAAGCGACACUGUGUCUGCUACCAGUCUGUCCACAAUGUCUCCAGAAGUAGCAACGAGUCCUUCAAACAUUACCCCUGAACCACAGGAUGUAAGUCCUCAGAACUCGACACCAGAACCUAGUUUGCCAGAGACAGAGCCUAUCACAUCUCCUCGGGACGACACAGUAACAGCGGUUACCGAACAAACUACAAGUGAUGAAUCUACAACAGCCAAUCAAGCAUCAAUAGACGAAACAACACAAAAUACUGGGAUACCAACAAUGUCUACAACUUUUGAAUCGUCUGCUGAGUCAACCACAACAAGUAUUGACAUUGGCCUUACAACCAGUAAUAACGAGGAGACAAUAACUGCCGAUACCUUUGAGUCAGCUAAUUCCACCAUGACAACAACGACCAACACAACCUUUGAAUCAAGUACAACUUCAACCAUGAAACCAGCAACCACAACAACCAUGGAACCCACGACUACCACCGCCAUGGACCCAACGACUACCACAACCAUGGAACCAACAACCCCUAAAAUCACUGAAAAAUUGACCACCACAACCAUGGAACCAACCACGACCACAACCAUGGAACCAACCACGACCACAACCAUGGUACCAACCACGACCACAACCAUGGAACCAACAACUACAACCUCAACAAUGAAGCCGACGACUACCACAACCAUGGAACCAACAACCCCUAAAAUCACUGAAAAAUUGACCACCACAACCAUGGAACCAACCACCACCACACCCAUGAAACCGACAACUACCACGACCAUGGAUCCAACGACUACCACAACCAUGGAACCAACCACGACCACAACCAUGGAACCAACCACGACCACAACCAUGGAACCAACAACUACAACCUCAACAAUGAAGCCGACGACUACCACAACCAUGGAACCAACAACCCCUAAAAUCACGGAAGAAUCGACCACCACAACCAUGGAACCAACCACCACCACAACUAUGGAACCAACAACUACCAUGACCAUGAAGCCGACAACUACCACAACCUUGGAACCCACGACUACCACAACUAUGGAACCAACAACCUCAACAACCAUGGAACCAAGUACAACCACCACACCUAUGGAACCCACGACUACCACAACCAUGGAACCAACCACCACCACCACACCCAUGGAACCAACAACUACAACCUCAACCAUGAAGCCGACGACUACCACAACCAUGGAACCAACAACUACAACCUCAACCAUGAAGCCGACAACUACCACAACCAUGGAACCCACGACUACCACAACUAUGGAACCAACAACCACCACAACUAUGGAACCAACGACCUCCACAACCAUGAAACCAAGUACAACUACCACAACAAUGGAACCAACGACUACCUCAACCAUGGAACCAACCACCACAUCAACCAAUGAACCAAUGACUUCCACAACUAUGGAACCAACGACCUCCACAACCAUGAAACCAAGUACAACUACCACAACAAUGGAACCAACGACUACCUCAACCAUGGAACCAACCACCACAUCAACCAAUGAACCAAUGACUUCCACAACUAUGGAACCAACCACCACCAAGACCAUGGAACCAACGACCUCAACCAUGGAGCCAAUAACUACUACAAUGGCUAUACCACCGCCAAGCUUACCAUUUGAACCAAUUACCUUUGGAGAAGAUAUGGAUUCGGAAACCAGUUGUGAUAAUACCGUUAUUGCCCAAUGUAUCGUUAAUUCUAUAGGGGCUUCCCCUUAUUACACUCAGAUGCUGGAAGCCACAACAACUGGAGUAUUUCCUCAGCUAUCAGCCAAUGAACUAGAGGAGUUGUGCAUGUCGGUAGGUGCAUUAGAUACCUGUCUUGAGGAAGAAUCGAAAGGCUGCACUGGAGCACAUUUAUUGCAAUACACUUCUCUUCGACAUACCUUCAACUAUAUAUGUGGUGCAGGAAAACAAGCUUUUUCGCAAACGGCCAAGUGUUUUGCAGAGCCCGAUAUUGUUCUCGACACGCAGUCAUGUCUCCUGGAACCAUCACAAGAAAUCGGCGCUCUCGUUUCCAUGGUAGCAUCUAGUCCAGACUUAUUCAUGGAAAGUCAACGACUCUGCAGCCUGUUGGAGACCACCAAACACUGUUUCGUGAAUGCUGCCAACAACCACUGCUCACGUGAUCAGGCCCUCUCAGUCCUGAGUUACAUCUCUAAUGUGAUAGAACCAACCAGGAACUUCUUUUUCUGUCCUUUACAGGAAAUCACCCUCCCAACAGAUCAGGACAUCGCUAUCGAAAUGACAACAGAAUCGGCUUCAACCUCGUCUGCAGAAGCUACAACAACCGAUAAAAUGAUACCUGACGAAGCUACCACAGUUCAACAAGCUGCAGCUAAACAGACAACUAUCCCUGAGGAGGCUACUACAACCGGCCUGACAUCUGACCAAUCCACUACCACUGAACAGACAACUGAAGUCGUUACAACAGAUGAACAAACUACAACAACUACACCAGUGUCUGCUGGCGAAGAUACUACUACAAUGAAUCCAAUCAUAACUUCGGAAACUACCACAGUGGAUAUCCCAAUGGAUGAGCCGAAAUUAUGUUUCAACUGUCGUUAUCACGGUCAGUUCGAAUUCAAAAAAGAAGAAAUGUCGGAGAAGGUAGACCAAUAUUGCAUAGCCAAUGGUAUCCGAGGUUUCUGUCCAAUUGACACAUGCAGAUGUGAUGACUCUGACUCUGAAGUUCUAGUCCCCGAAUGUGAGGUGCGCGGUCUUUUAAGAAACGUCCCAGGGUAUAAGGAGUGGUGUGAACGAAUGUGUAACCAGGGGCACUGCAAGAUCGACCCAUGUGAUUGUCAUAUGGUACCGUCACACAUAUCUGACAAUCAAUUGGCUUAAAUCAUUAGUAUAAAAAAAAAAUAUUGAAAUGUCGUCCAUUAGAUAUCUUUUAAGUAGCAGUAUUUUAAAAGCAACAAUGUAUAACUGAUACAUUAGAUAACGUGUCCGUGUGAAUGAUAUAGUAGAACUUCUUAGAAAUCCAUAACUUAAUAUAUUCUGAGCUGUUGAUCGGCUUUAUUUAUUCACUUUUCACGUUUUAUUUAACAGUGCUGUACUUGUAAUGUAGAUUUGCCCCCAUUAUUUGACAUGUUUGACAGAUCACAGGAUGUCAGUGUUUUACAAUAUGGUACACAAAUCACUACUUAGCUUUAUGUCACUGAUAUCCUGAGGUGAUUGUCGUCGCCCGAAUGUCUGGUAUGUUAACAGUAAGUGCAUAAUAAUUCGCAAAUGCGAUAAUAAAGUUUAUUUCGUAUUAAUUUAUUUUCUUAAUUAAAUUGAUAUUUAACAUGACAUUGUCUUGAUUAUGUAUGUCUGAGUUUUGUAAGAAGCUAUUGUUAUUUCAUCAUGAUUAUUUGAAAUAAACUUUCUAUAUUUUUACAAUU